AAAUUGGUAUCAGAGCAUCAUUUUUGGGACCUUAGGCGGCUGAAAUCUUUUUUUCAGCUAGCUUUUGGCUUCCGGAAGUGAUAUUUUUUUAGAUCCGUUGGGAAGAACGAUGGCCGGAAAGAAGGUUGACGUCUUGGAAGGCGAAGUCGGCCAAUUGAAAGCCGAUUUGGAGGAAAGAUUCUUCAACUUUCAAAACCAAAUCAUCUCCAACAAUGAAAGGUUGGAGGGGAAGUUCACUACAAUGGAGGCAAUGAUGAAGAAACUGCUUGAGAUGAAAACCAAUCCGGUGAUAUCGGAAGUAAGAGAGACCACCGACGGCCAUGGCAUGGGAGGAAAUCCAAACCCCUUGCGGGGGAGGAGAAAUUCGGAGGUAAAGAUCCUAGAGGAAGAGAACGACAUGCCUCCUCUAGAGCCUCUGUCGAGGGAAGAGAUGAGCAUGGGAUAUGACAGAAGGGGGGCUGAUUUUGGUGGGAGGAGAGAGGGAUCUCAUCGCCGAGGUGCUGAAUUCGAAAGAAUUCAGCGUCGAGGGGGAGAUUUUGAAGGAAGAAGGGAGGAACGUCAUCGUCGAGGUGCUGAAUUUGAAGGUAUUCAGUGCGAGGUGAUGAUGUUGAAGGAAGGGGAGGAGAGUAUGAAGAGGGGUUCGAGUAUAUUCGUCGGAGGGACGAUCGGGACAAUUGGGGAGCGCCUCCUCUGAGAGGAAUGAGAGGCUAUGGAGGAUACCGGGGAGAUCCCAAGGUGAGAAAAUUGAAGAUGCCCGUUUUCGAGGGGGAAGAUGGCCAUAGAUGGAUAUACAAGGUGGAGCGAUAUUUUGCCGUCAAUGGGUUGACGGAAGAAGAGAAAUUAACAGCGGCAGGGAUGUACUUGGAGGGGAAAGCCUUAGCCUGGUAUCAAUGGCGUGACAGACGGGAGCCUAUCCGGAGCUGGCGAGAGUUUAAAGAAUGCUUACUAGAGCGUUUCCGAACCGAUGGGCAAGGAGACUUUUAUGAGCAAUUCUUUGCCCUUAUCCAGGAAGGCACAGUGGCAGAUUACCAGGAGAGGUUUGGGUAUCUGGCUAGUAGGCUGGAUCAUAUAUCGAAGUC